UCUCGUAAACAAAAUGGAAAUUGAGAGACCAAGACGCAUCCGACAGGCAAAAGUUAAAAGUGACACACAACAUCAUUAUUCCCAUGCUUUACAGUUUUACUCAAAACCGCCAACAGAGACCAUUUCACUACAAGAAUUCGAAGAAUUUGCAAUCGAGCGUUUGAAAGUUCUGAAGGCCAUUGAAACUAUUGGCAUUCGACAUCUCCGCGGCAGUGACAAUUAUAAUGAGGCAUUGGAGAAGGAAAUUAAGAAGACCAAGUUUAGAUCCAUUCUAAAGGUGUCUAAAGAAGAUGUUUCUGAAGAUGAAGUACAAGUUCGACGACUAGAUCAUAUUUCACAUUUCAUUCUUCGUCUUGCUUAUUGCAGAUCAGAAGAAUUGCGACGAUGGUUUUUACAGCAGGAGCUGGAUUUGUUUCGAUACCGAUUUCUACGAGAAAGUGCCGAGACCAGUCAAACCUUCAUGAAGCUCAAUAACCUUAACUACACACCAAUACCUGAAAAAGAGAAAGAUGAAGUUUUGGAUGGACUUCGUAAUGCACGGCCAGACAAAACUGCAAAAACUGAAUUAACUGAAUUUUUCAAGGUUCCAUUUACAGAGGCUCUUGACUUGGUUCGUGCACGUAAGGUAUUCUUACAGCAAGGAUACGCUUACGUUCCUCGGGACGACUUGAUUUCUAUCUUGUUGUCCGUCUACAGAACCCAUCUUUCUCAUGCUUUAGCACUAACCUGCAGAGCGUUGCCGCACCUCGAGGAAGACGACCGGUUACUGCCGAUGCUGUGUGGUCUCAGCAAGCGCUAUCUCGGACAGGACUACGCAAACCGCAAGUCAGUUGUCGGAGAAGUCACAGCCGACAUGCUCGAUAUGCUCUGCAAGAAGUCGUACCCUCUGUGUAUGCAGGAGCUGCACCAGUCUGUGCGAUCCAACCACCACUUGCGCCACGGUGGCAGACAGCAGUAUGGCUUGUUUCUGAAGGGCAUUGGGCUCUCUCUCGAUGAAGCCAUGAAGUUCUGGCGAACAGAAUUUACUAAAUUAUUGGACGUUGAUAAGUUUGACAAGCAGUAUUCGUACAACAUCCGACACAACUAUGGAAAGGAGGGAAAGCGCACAAACUACACCCCGUACAGUUGUAUGAAGAUCAUCAUGUCUAACCCACCAGGACCGGGGGAUGCUCAUGGAUGUCCGUUUAGGCAUUGUGAUUCAGAACUUCUGAAACAGAAACUGCGGUCACGUGGGUUGUCAAAGGAUGAAGUGGAACAGAUCACAAAUGAAGCAAAGGGAGGUCACUACCAGACGGCCUGUGCGACGUUCUUCGAUUUCACUCACCGCAACAUGGAGCGACAAGAACAUCUGUUUAACCACCCGAACCAGUACUUCGAUGAAAGCCAGCUGCUCCAUAAUUCUGGAUCAACCGUCAAGACCCCCAAAGUCUUGACAAAGUGUGUGCGUGUCAGUGCUUCACAGAACCAUGGCCAAUCACAGGAGGUAGCAACCGGCCAAUCACAAGUGACGUCACAGAUGACCGGCGUGGAAGAAAUGGAUGAUGAUUUCAGCAUGACCGCGGAGGAGAUGGACCUCGCCCUACUAAAUGCUGAGAAGCCUACGACACCGCAAAAAUAAUCUGUUAAUUACUGGCAUUCAGUUAUGAACAAAAAUAAUUAAUAUUUUAUGAAUAAUAUGAAAUCAGUAUUCAUGAAUAAUUACUGGCAGUAAGUUGUAAUCUAGACUCUACUGAAUAUUAUGAAACCAGUAUCCAUUAUAUAAUUUAUAUUUAGGAAUAAACCUUCUUACACACCA